AUGGAGAAUUAUCAGAAAAUCGAGAAAGUCGGAGAAGGAACGUACGGCGUCGUCUACAAGGCCCAAGAGGUCAACUAUCCAAGCCGCAUCGUCGCCCUGAAGAAGAUCCGACUCGAAGGCGAAGAUGAGGGUGUGCCGAGCACCGCAAUCCGAGAGAUCUCCCUCCUUAAGGAAGCGAAACACCAGAACAUCGUGCAGUUGCUCAACAUCGUACACGUCGAUGACAAUAAGCUCUAUCUCGUCAUGGAGUUCCUCGAUCUCGACUUGAAGAAAUACAUGGAAUCCCUACCUGUCAACGAGGGUGGCAGGGGCAAGACCUUCCCGGGCGGAUCGAAGAACAGCGCCAACCUGGGUCUGGGAGACGCCAUGGUGAAGAAGUUCAUGGCCCAAUUAAUCGAGGGUAUCUUCUAUUGUCACAGCCACCGCAUCCUGCAUCGGGACUUGAAGCCACAGAACUUGCUUAUCGAUCGUGAGGGUAAUCUGAAAUUGGGUGAUUUCGGUUUGGCUCGAGCCUUCGGUGUCCCCUUGCGGACGUAUACCCACGAGGUGGUCACUCUGUGGUAUCGCUCCCCGGAAAUCCUACUCGGUGGUCGUCAAUACUCCACCGGUGUCGACAUGUGGUCCAUAGGUGCAAUCUUCGCCGAGAUGUGCACGCGCAAACCACUAUUCCCCGGUGACUCGGAAAUUGACGAAAUCUUCAAGAUCUUCCGACUCCUUGGUACCCCCGACGAUGAGACCUGGCCCGGCGUCACCUCGUUCCCCGAUUACAAGUCCAGCUUCCCCAGGUGGAAGCGUCCCGAUGGCCCUCUGGUGCCAGGAUUGGAGCCAGCUGGCUUGGAACUCCUGGAGGCUCUCCUCGAGUACGAUCCCGCACUCCGACUUUCUGCAAAGCAAGCUCGUCAGCAUCAUUACUUCGAAAGCAACAGCUCUCGCCCCUCAGCCAGAGCCUAA